AUGGAACAAGUUCAACAAGAGAUCAAGCCGACAAUAACCGGUCUCCAACUAUUGAACUCGUUGAAAACAUAUGAAGCGUUUUCGACCGGCCAUAGACAAAUCGACUGUCAACUUUGGUCUCGACCUUUGAAACGAAACAGGGCUGAUUCGCCGACAGUCUAUCCUGCAGUCACCGGCUUAUCUAGACGUCAAUUGUUGCAAGUCGAUGGUCCUCCCGGUUCAGGAAAAACGAAACUCGUCAUCGGGCUUGCCGUGCGAGCUCGUGGCGCAAGCCUGGUGCGACAGGGAGCCAACGAACAAGUCGAAGUUUUGUUAAUUGCGGAAGCUCUAGUGAAAUCAUGCUACCAGGACAAAGAUGACGGCAAGCUAGUCGGUCGAAUCUGUGAUGGAUGCCAUCUAGUCAGGAUUACAUCGACGGCAGAACUAGGAUUCUUCUUCAAACAUCUACCCACUUGGUUGAAAUCUCAUUCCAAGGUUAAGCUAGUCAUAUUGGAUUCAAUCACUGCGCAUACGCGGUAUGUUAGCAUGUCCAUCACCCAGAGGAAAACGAUCGCGAAGAUCAUCAAGGAAGGCAUCACAGUCGCAUCAAUACAACAUGAUUGCGCCGUGGUCAUUACGAGCCAAUUGGCGACCAAAUCAGUGGUCAACCAAGCCUCCUAUACGAACAUGAAGAUCCUCACUCCGCCGGAUUUUGGCCCGAAUUUUUGGGCAAAGGAUGACCCCUCAAUCACCAACUCUUCAUAUCCAUCUAAACUCUCAAGAGUUUGUUUGAUGUUUAAUUUCGAUGGGACUAGGAGAGCUAUCGUGCUUGAGAAUGAUAAGAUUAUUCAACCUAGACUUAAUAUUUCAUUCGAAAUUGAUGAGAUAGGGAUAUUUGAUCCAUCAGUUUCCAACACAAAUGAGGCGUCUAAUGCGACUGAGUAG